CUGGCUGUCCUGUUCCUGUUCAUCAACAAGAAGCUGUGUUUCGAAAAGAUAGGAGGCCCUCCAUUCUUGGAGCAACAAGGGAAAAGAAAGCACUCUAAAGACAAGACUGGGACUUGCGAAGGGCUGGCUGAGAAGUUUUGAGAGUGAAAUGUUCACAGCCAUUAAGAGACCUCCAAUUUAAUUUCUGUAGUUCAUAUUAACUCCACAGUACUGAAGGAACUGAACAAGUGGACUUUUAGACAUCAUCAGAUCGCUGGCCAUGGUGUUGGCCAUGGCGUCUCAGGAUGCUCAGAACUUCUUCCAGCCUCUCUCUUCCUGGAUCUCCCGGGUAUAUGAAACUCUCCAGCAAGCUGGGGAUGUGUUAUCUGCCUCACUGGUCAACUUAAGCAAACAAGACUCUAAACUGAAUGACAAACUAGACCAGGACUUAGAUAAUAUUCAGCUUCAGGAAACUUACUUUGAAGAUGAAGAACAAAGCAAUGAUUGGAGUCAAGAGGACACAAAUUCCUUGUUUCUCGAAGUGGAUCAUUUUUCUUGUUGUAACAGUGAUUUGCAGGACUCUGCCCAAAGUUCAAGCCCUAGACUUAGCCAACAUGCAAAGGACUCAUGUUCCAUAAUAUCCCAGUGGCCCAAUCAGACUCAUGAUGACCAAAAGCCACCACAUGUGCUUUCUUCUAUUGCUGAGGAAGAACAUCACCUUGAAAAGCAGAGGAGUGUCCUCGAACAUGGCUUUCAGAGUCAGCUCUCUGGUACUUUAGAAAAUGUUUAUGGAAAAAAGCAAGAUUUGGAUGGAGCCAGCCAACUGAAUUAUCCUGAGAAUCUGUCUUAUGGUGAAGAGGAUCCCAUCUCUGCCCCCUCACGGUCCCCGUGUGAGGCAGGCGAUGCCAGGCACCAGGGCGCACCCCGCCAGGAGACCGGUGUGGUGCACAGCCUCCGUCGCCAGUCCACGGAGGGCAGCUUGGAGACGGAGACUGCUUUCAAUAACCGGGGGCUCGAAGACUCCUAUGCCACUGACAGCUCCUCUGUGUGGAGUCCAGAGGAGCAAGAUGGGGCCAAUUUUCAGGUGCCAUCUGGGGUCCCAGAGCCCAUCUCAAAAUGUGGUGAUCUGGAUGUCAUCUUUGAAUAUAGAGCUGCCAGCCAGAAACUCACAGUGACCAUCGUGAGAGCACAGGGCCUCCCGGAUAAGGACCGAAGUGGCAUCAACUCCUGGCAAGUUCAUGUAGUCCUGCUGCCCAGUAAGAAACAAAGGGGCAGGACGAACAUACAGAGGGGGCCCAACCCUGUCUUCAAGGAGAAGGUCAUCUUCGCCAAGCUAGAGCCCAGAGAUGUGGCUGCCUGUGCCAUCCGCUUCCGCCUGUACGCUGCCCGCAAGAUGACCCGUGAGAGAAUGAUGGGAGAGAAGCUGUUCUACCUGAGCCACCUGCACCCAGAAGCGGAAACAAAAGUGACUCUGGUUCUGGAGCCAAGAAGUAAUAUCAGUAGUGGAGAGUCUCCGCUCAGCCCAUCUGCCGUUUCUCACAGUGAUAGUGCUUCAUCCACGCAGUCGCUGUCUCAUGGAGGGGCGCCAGAGCUGUUGGUGGGUCUGUCCUAUAAUGCCACAACGGGUCGAUUAUCUGUGGAAAUGAUCAAAGGCAGCCAUUUCCGAAACCUCGCUGUGAACAGAGCGCCUGAUACAUAUGGAAAACUCUUUCUCCUCAAUUCUGUGGGUCAAGAGAUGUCCCGCUGCAAGACAUCUAUUCGACGUGGUCAGCCCAAUCCUGUCUAUAAGGAGACCUUUGUUUUCCAGGUGGCCCUCUUUCAGCUCUCUGAUGUCACGUUGAUGAUUUCCAUUUAUAACAGGCGUACUAUGAAGCGCAAAGAGAUGAUUGGUUGGAUUGCCCUGGGCCAAAACAGUAGUGGAGAGGAGGAACAAGACCAUUGGGAGGAAAUGAAGGAGACCAAAGGCCAGCAGGUCUGCAGGUGGCAUAGCUUGCUUGAAUCCUAGGUUUAUCAACAGGUGUCUGUAUGCUACAUGUGCUCUGGUGGCCCUAGGUGUUGACUACCAACACCAGCUCAGUGUAUGCUAGCAGUCUUUUCAAAGACAGGUUUUCAAAUAAGGAUUCAAUUCCACUAACUCCUAGGACAUUCUGUGUGUAGGGGGGCGGGGGAAUGGGGAUCUUUGGGUUUCUCAAAGGUUUGAUUUGAAUUUAAGUGUUGUAAUUUUAAAAAAUUCUACAUAUACAGUCAACUAUGUGGAAAAUGUUACCAUAGUUGCAAGCAGUGAUGAUGAGUUAAUUUGUGUUAAUAGGUUAUUGAGUUUCAGUUCAGACUCUGGAAUGAAGCUUCUUCUACUCCCUUUUCUGUUUGCUUGUAGAGUAACCUGAGAUCGCAAGGGAGCUGAUAAAAUAUUACUAUUUACAAUCACUUAUGUGUAUGAUUCAGAAUUUUAUUAAUAUGGUGCAAAAAACCUCCAAACUACAGAAAUGAGUCAGACACUGAGGCUCAAAGAGGAAUGUAACUGUUACCCAUCGUCCCUGAUUUCACAUUUUUCUCUUCAUCAAACCCACCCUCAUUUAUUUACCUAACAAAUAAAUGUUAUAUAAACUUGCACUUACAAAACAAAUUUGUAUUAAUUAAAUACCUCUUUUUAUCUCACUUAUAUAUUGUGGUUUUCCUAUGAGGUUUGGUUAGAUAAAUCAUUUUGAAACUAAAAAAUACUUACAAAAAAAACUAUUGAAAGACAACUUGUCUCCUUUGAAUAUAUAAGAUUUCAAACUUGUAACUUCCAAGAUUUUUAUGCUCUUUGUCUCACCGAAUAAGCUCUUACAGAAUGAGAAGAAAACCAAAAAACCUAUUUAAGUCAUGGGUUUAUUGAUUUUUUCUGAAUCUAGUGCUUUCCUUUUAGAUCAUACUUUUUUAUAUGCAAUUAUAUACUCAAACAUCUAUUUUGAAUGUAUGCCUGCAUGUAAACCAUACUUUUUUAUGCAAUAUUUUCAAUCACUAGUGAGCAUAGUAAGUUGUAAACAAUGGGUCUUUAAUAAUGUUAACUCAAUUGACUCUUAGAAAUGAACAUGUUACAAUACCUGUGAGUGGAGAAAUAUUUCCAGCUUGUAUGCAAUGACCCUACAUUUUUCUUGGAGCUUUUGAUGUGCCUGGAAUUGUCUCUCUUUGUUUUUUUUUCAUGGCAUUUGCAGCAACACAUGUUAGUUACUGCCUGUAUCUGGGCCCGUGCUGUUUGGAACGGUGACAUUGUGUGGUUGUGAGCAUGAAAUUUUACUUCCGACUGGCUUUUACAUAUUUGUGCAGUGCAUGUUUCCUUAGUUUUUCUUAGGUCUGAGCCCUUCAUUUCAAUUCCUUUAAGUGGGCAGUAAUAAGAAACGGAAGGGAUGUGUGUACUUGGAACACUGUGCCCACGUGCAGCGCUUCUGAGCGAUUGCUCAGUCACUUAUUUUUAGCUUUUAUGUUUCAUUGUUGACUUUUUGCUGUCUACGAGGAGAGUGAUAGCUAGUGAUGGAUGUAUACAGUUAAAAACACAGAACUCCCUCUCAGCUCUCCAUUUUGACAGAUUGCAAAUGCAGUCGGUAACACUUGAAGAACAUAUUUAUUCCUUUCAGCCGGCAAUGGUUAUCCUGACAACACCAGAGUCAGGCACAGAAUAACCCUACCAGGAUUUCAAAUACCAACUUUCGAAAUGAAGUGCUUGCACAUGGGAUACUCAGAAUAAGCAAAACAAAUUAUCUCCAUUUAUUUUCAGGUCUUGGGAGUUUCAUGUAUAAAGCCGCUCAGUUAAUUGGGAAUAAGUAAUAAAACCAUGCCCCUUAGGGUUUUUACCCUAUCCUCCUUUGGAUGACCUCAAAGUGCUUUUCCAACAUCGUAUCCAUUAACUACUGAGUGGUCUUUGCAGUGUGGCUGUGUCAAUAACUGGACUGAGUGCAAUUGAUUAAGUAGCGGCACAAAGAAUUGGCUCCUCACAUCCCACACCCGCUUCAUGCGCGUGUUUAAAGGGAAGUGGAGCAGCCUUGUUAUGCCUCCCUUUAUGCAGUCACAUAAAAGCCGCAUUCACUUUAAAAUUUACAUUUGAAAAAAUCUGCAUAUAUUGUACAGACAGUCCUAGAUUUCUGCCCCCCUCAUAUUUCCCUGCCUUAUGUGUCACUGCAUCUCUUAUCUCUUGGGGCCCAAUCACCCCCUCUAACUUCCUUCUCUGCUGCCUUGACCCACCCGUUUUUAAGGUUUUCUUCUGGUUUGGUAAAGGCAUCUUUGUGCAUUUGAUCUGCUUCCCAAUAGUCUGUUUAUCACAUAUAGUUAUAGGAGUGUCAGCAUUUUAAGGGAAGGGAUGCCUGAAAGGCAUUUUUUAUUUUUAUAAUUUUACAGUAUUGGUGCUACUCACCAUGUGGGGUGUAUGUACAUCUUGAAUAUACAGCAACAACCACCCUAAAGCUGAUGUCUAAAUAUAAAAUGCUAAUGACAAGAUACAUUAAAAUAUGAGGCUGAUUUUUUACAUUGAUUUGAAAUUCUAGUUUAGUAAGAUCUUUCAAUUUUGAGCAUUUAAACUCCCUUAUUUUCUUGGCAGUCUAGACAUGAUGCGUUGAACAUGUUUUUCACUUGAGCUUUUACAUGUGCAUUUGCUUUUCAAAAGAUUUAUGAAAGACAAUUAGUUGGUUCUGAAGUGAAAAAAAGCUGCUUUUAUGUGUUUUCUCUAGCUCAUAAUUAAUAUCUCAUAGGGACAUUUGACAUUGAGGAAGCAUCAGUAUUUGUUGCAUGAGUAGUCCUCUCCAUGAUUUUUCCUGAAGAGGUGCUUUUAAAAUAAGAUUAUUGAAGGAUAUUGAUGCACUGGGUUUAUGGAAAUGGGCUUUCCAGUGUGCCUUCUUGCAGGGUGUAGGUUUAUAACUGAAUUGUGAAGUGCUGGUUUUACCCAUCAUGGAGGUGGUGCCUGUGCUCCUGCUACCCUUCCGACUACUGCUGGAUUUGUAAAUGGGCCAUUCACCAGGCAGCUGAGCACCUGCUCUCUCUCCUCCCUCCUUCACUGGCUCCCAGUGUGAUGCACAGUUGUUUGGGACCCUGUUUUGGCUGUUGUUGUGUAACUGUGAGGGGAGGUCUUGCCUUCCUAACAAAAGCACUUGUAAUGCUGUUAGCUGUAUUAUAGUCAGCAUUCUACAUGCACAAAGUUUGAGAGAAUCCUCACCGUAAUCUCAAGGGGCAAAGAGAGUGUAGUACUGCAUUGUCAUUUGCUCCCUUUGCUCCUCUUUCAAAGACAAUGAUUGACCUCAAAUGUCAAGAUCCUCCACAGUACUAGGUGCUACCGGCAGGCUCCUACCAAUUUUACAAAUUGUUGACACUUCGGCCAGGAACUGUGUUUUACAUCCUGGCUAUACUAGGUGGUCUUAUCUGAAAAUCAAAACUCUCUUCUUUUCAAAUAAAGCCUUAUUUAAGUUCAAAUUACUAUCAGAUUACGUGAAAGUGUUUCUCUGGUAUAGCCAAUGAAUUGACUAAAUUGAUGAUUCACUGUGGACAUGGAAUUGUGAGUUUGCCCCCAAGCCUGGCUAUCCUUUUGCAGCAGAGGACUUAGAACAUUAAGAUCAGGUAACUGAGUAGGAAAAGAUUAUUUGGAGAUGACCUAAACCCAAAUGAGUGCAUAUUCUUGAAUGACAAGGAAAUGACUACACAACUCAUUUGGCAUCAUCUCCUCUCACCUUUGAGGAAAACAUGGCCAAAGAACAUACAUUUCAUUCUAUUUGAUUCACAACAAAAGUAACUGAUAGGUAAUCCUGAAGUGGAGAAGUAUUCUUGCCUUAAAAAAAAAUCAUUCUUUUGCCCUGGCCAGCAUGGCUCCGUUGGUGGGGUGUUGUCCUGCAAAGCAAAAGGUUAUCAG